AGCGGAAAUGGCGUCGCUCUUCCCGCAGUUCGGCAACGUGUUCGGCGCGCCGAGCACCGCAGGCCGCAACGAGCUGGUGUCGUUCAACGCCGGCAAGAUGACGGUGAAGCCCACGGCGAACGGCAAGUUCCUGGUGACGCCGCAGCUGGAGAAGGGCAAAGUGUGUCUCUCGCGCGGAGACGACCAGCUGCUGCACUUCCAGUGGGUGGACCGCCAGACGGGCGCCAGCCCCGAGGACUUCAUCAUCUUCCCCGACGACGCGCACUUCGCCAAGGUGGACACGGGCCGCCCCGAGGACCGCGUCUUCAUUCUGCAGUACAAAAACUCCUCGCGCCGCUUCUUCUUCUGGAUGCAGAACAAGGACGCGUCUCGCGACGAGGAGCUCGUGAAGAAGGUGAACGACUGCAUGAACAACGCACAGGCGGCCGCCAGCAGCGACGGCGGCGGCCGCAGCGCCGGCAGCAACGUGCAGCUGGACCACAACGCCAUCAUGCAGAUGCUGGGCGCCAUGGGCGCGGGCGACCAGGGACGCGGCGGUGCCGGCAGCGGCGGCCAGGCCGUGCAGAUGUCGGAGCUGCAGAAUAUCCUGCAGAACAUGGGCCUGCCCGCGGGCGCCCAGUCGGCGGCCUCGUCGCCCGCCACGUCAGCCGUGUCGUCCUCGCAGGCGUCGCAGAACGGCGGCGGCAGCUCGGCCGCGGCCACGACGGCGUCCACGCAGCACGAGCACGACGUGAGCGGCAUGGAGGUGGACGAGAUGGACGAGGACGAGCUGCUGCGCCUGGCCAUCGAGGAGAGCAUGCGCGACGGAGGCAGCACCAACCCCAACGCCGGAGGUAACAACAACAACAGUGACGCGCAGA